CUGCAGCUUUCCUCGCCUGUCAGCAGCAGCAGCAGCAGCAUGAAGGACCUACAGAGACGUUGGUUUCUGCUGUGGGUUUUUAUUUUCCGAGUCCUUCCUGCUUUUUGUUGGCACGACCUGGAUAACAGGGAGUACGACUGCUGGCCUCUGGACCGACCAAACGAAUACAACAUGAUCGACUGUGGAGGUAUGGAGAUGGCCUGGGUGCUCCGUCCUCCAGAAAUGGUGAAAACUGGUGAGGUGUUUACUGUCAUCUACUCCGUGACGGCCCGGGACUCCUUCUACCACUGGGCGGUCCAAAAUGGCAUCUUCUCACAAAGUUCAAUAACAGAUGCUGCAUCUGCUCGAUGGUUCUGUGAAAAUCAAGACUGUCCGGCGAGUUGGACAGAUGCUAAUGGAGAAAACUGCUGCAUCCAUCAUGCUAACAUCCACUCCUGUCCAAUGGGAUACAUGACAGAGAGCAUCUGUGGCCCCUGGAUUCCUGAUGAUGGAAGAAUCUUUACUCACACCAUCUCCACCACUGGUAAGAUGACCCAGACCAACUGGACUGCCAAGGUGGUUCUUUUCCAUCCAGGUUUAACCUCGCUUAUUGCUCACAUCAGAGUCGGUACGAUGCAGGCUGCACUGGAGGCAAAGAGCACUGUUCUGCCAGCUGUGGUUUGCGGUGAUAAAAUCUGUGAGGAGGGGGAGCAUUGUUCCACCUGUCCAGCUGACUGUGGAGAAUGUCCCAUGAGUCACGCCACCAAGGUGGCCAUUGGCCUGCCGCUCAGCCUGCUCUGCCUUUCCUUUAUACUGACGGCUCUGUGGCUGAAGUAUCAGAAGGAGAAGUUGCUGUGGGAUGAAAGCUGGAUCAUUGACUUCUCAACAAUUAAACAAGAUCAGCAAGCUCAUAUGACCAUGGGCAGUAUAAUUAGUGUACCAGUGGGACACACUGACAGCAACGUGAGCUGUGUGACUGCGCUCAGCUCCUGUAUGGGUCAACCAGCAAACCGGAAGGGACGGUUCACCUGCACCGGGAUCUAUGACGGAAGAACGGUGGCAAUCAAAAAGAUCCAAACUAAGUCCUUCUCUCUGUCCAAAACCAUCAGAGAGGAAGUCAAACAAGUCAGGGAGCUGGAUCAUCCAAACCUGUGUAAGUUCAUUGGGGGAUGCAUUGAAGUGCCAAAUGUUGCCAUAGUAACAGAGUACUGCCCAAAGGGAAGUCUUCAUGAUGUCCUUCUGAACGAGGAGAUCCCCCUCAACUGGGGCUUCAGGUUUUCCUUCGCUACAGACAUCGCCAGAGGGAUGUCGUACCUCCAUCAGCACAAGAUCUGUCACGGCCGACUCAAGUCUCUGAACUGUGUGUUAGACGACCGCUGGGUGUGCAAAAUAACAGACUACGGGUUGAGGACAUAUCGGAGGGACGAUGGGACAGAGCCUUUGUCCUCCUAUCAGCGGAGGCUCUUGGAGGUGUACAUGCCACCUGAGUUUCAGACCUCCAGCAUGGAGCCGACUCUUGCUGGAGACGUGUUCAGCUAUUCCAUCAUUCUUCUGGAAAUAGCCACUCGCAGUGACCCAGUCCCAGCAGAAGAGUCCAACCUGGAGUGUGGGUGGUGUCCUCUUCUACCUGAGCUGAUCUCCAGUAAAGGCGACAACACCUGCCCCUGUCCUGCUGACUACGCAGAGCUGAUUCGUCAAUGUCGCUCUCAUAACCCCGUCCAACGACCAACAUUUGAGCAAGUCAAGAAAUUUGUUCACCGCAUCAACCCCAUCAAAGUCAGCCCAGUGGACAUGAUGAUGAACCUGAUGGAGAAGUACAGUAAACACCUGGAGGUCCUUGUGGCUGAGAGGACUCAGGAUCUGACGCUGGAGAAACAGAAGACCGACAGGCUGCUGUACAGUAUGCUUCCUAAACAGGUAGCGGAUGAUCUACGUCAGGGGAAACCUUUACAGGCUCAGAGCUACGUCAGCGCCACCGUCUUCUUCAGUGACAUCGUUGGGUUUACUCAGCUGUCUAGCAGCAGCACUCCUUAUCAGGUGGUGGACUUCCUCAACAAGUUGUACACAACGUUCGACGACAUCAUCGACAACAAUGACGUCUACAAAGUGGAAACCAUUGGCGAUGCCUACAUGGUGGUGUCGGGCGUUCCUCGGGAGAACGGGAUCCUGCACGCCUCUGAGAUUGCCAGCAUGGCCCUGGACCUGGUUGGUGUCUGUCGCACCUUCAGGAUCCCCCACAAACCCAACAUGCAGCUGCAGAUACGAGCGGGAGUUCAUUCGGGUCCGGUGGUGGCUGGAGUUGUUGGGACCAAGAUGCCUCGGUACUGUCUGUUUGGAGAUACGGUCAACACAGCUUCCAGGAUGGAGUCCACGAGCCUGGCUCUGAAGAUCCAGUGCAGCUCCAGUGCCUUUUACCUCCUGGAGGAGAUUGGUGGCUACGUGUUGGAGUGCAGAGGAACCCUCCAGGUCAAGGGGAAAGGUGACAUGGUGACAUAUUGGCUGGAGGGGAAGAAGACCUCUGGGGUCUCCAAGGACACCGGAGGUGACACCAGAGCAGCCAAACAAUACAACAUAGAAACAGAGAAGGAGAAGGACCUGUACGCGUCUGUACCAGGAUUCGUCAACGACGAUCUUCUCAUGGAACCAGCCUGAUCCAAACCUUCUCUGCAGAUUUUCCAUGUGCCGUGUUUAGGUAUCGUCAGUCUUUAUUCACAAGUGGUUGUAAAUGUGGGAAAAUGUCUAUUAAAGGAAUGCAGUUAUGUUAAUUUGGCCGUUUAUUAAGAAUCAUCACUGUCCUCAACCUUUAGAAAACCUUUAUUCAUGUUUGUAGAUAUUGUAUUGUUGUUUUAUUAGUUAGGCAUAGGUUUCAUUUAAAUUAUAAGAGCUUUAAGAUAUAAAUAUAUCAUAUAGAUAUUAAUAAAUAUAAUUUCUAUUUUAUUUAAUCAUUAUACUUUUUACAUACUGUAUAAAUGUGUGUGUGUCUUUAUGCUAUUUAACUCAAACUUGAAGUAAAAAGUAAAUACAGCCGGUUUUUGUUCCACAAGUUCAUACAAAAUUUAAUUCAGACAUAUUAAAACUGUGUUUAAAGUUCGUUAUUCAACGUUCUCUACAACAACUUGUUAAUUAUCGGUAGAUUUAAUGUUUGGUUGUCUUUUUAUCUGCAACUUCUCACUCCCAGCUUAUCUGUUUAUCGUCUCCUGAUCACUUUAUCUACAUAAACUGUGUUUUAAUACGGAGGAAAUGACUUCAGGUUGGAAAACAAACCUAACAUUUGGCCCCCGAUGAUUUUAUUCAGUCUAUCAGCGCUACAACGAAGGGAACCAAACGCCCCCCAUUUCAUAGCUAAUCCUGCUGUAGUGACGUACCGUGGUCGGGGUAAAGAGAAGAAGUCCUCUGCUCUGUGGAGAUCUGGUAUGCUCACUAAAUGGAGCAAGCAGGUACAUCUCAGUUUUAAUGUUUAAAGCAUUGCCUUUGGUUUUAAAGAUCAGUUCAAAUGUUACCAAGUUCAUGCAAAGAAAACCACAGCAGUGAAGAGAAAAAAAUGUCAUUUUUAAGAAUAAAAGGUCGAAAUUGUCUCCCUUCACAGCAAAGAGAACAUCGUUUUAUCACCAGACUGCUCUGUAUGUUGAACUGUUGUAUGAAAACAUGUUUGUGAUGAACAGCAACCGAUGAAAUAAAGUUUAUCUGCAAAAACCUGA